AAAUAGGAAAAGACACAACGGAAAUAGGAAAAGACACAACGGAAAUAGGAAAAGACACAACGGAAAUGUUCCUGGGGAGACAAUAACCCGACGGACCAUUUGCACGAACCAAAACAUGCUAGCCAGUGCGCUGGGACUGCGAGACACUUCAAAGAAGUGGAGGAGAGGUUAAGAUGUAUUGUCCAUUCUGUGGAUUCCAGUUUGAGAACUUGACAAAAUUUUGCUGUUCCUGUGGAAAAGACAUAAGUUUUGUACCAGCUAAAGAUGCUUCCACAGAACAAGAACACUCAAGAGCCAAGACAGUUGUUCAGCAGUUCUUCAAGUACCGUGAAGGUAAAGAGGCAGAAAGGAGGAUGUUCUCAAAAUCCAAAAAGAAAUCAAUGAAAACAGUGAAGAUUUCUGUUGGGAUCAUGAACAAACAAAAGACUGGCAUGAGACCCAUAAGAGGGAAAUCACUACCAUUACAUGUUGACCCAAGCUGGUCAUCUGAGAGGCUGUUGGGUGCUGCCAUUAAAAAACUGAAAGAUUUCAACCAAGAUAUGAAAGAUGUAGAAUACAUCCUGCUCUACCCUGAUGGCUCUCAAAUAAAAAAUAUUCCAGGAACUGACACACCCUUUACGAUUGAACUCUACAAAGAGGCCGUUGGCAAGUCUUACCAAAGAAUUACACUAUUUGUCUGCACACUUGAGGACUUUUUGUCAGAAUAUGUUAGUGCUUCAGAAGAUGAGGAGGAUGAUGAAGUUAUCGUUAGGGUACCACCCGUUACGUCACCCCUCUCUGACACAGUGCUUUGGUCAAGUCCAGAAAGCAGUACACCAGAGCCUAUACGUCGGUCACCUUCAAUAUCCCAAACAUCUGAUGUGCAAGUUCAGUGUGGUACAGAAUCUCAAAUGGCAUCCACAUCAGGAGAACAUACUACAAGUUACAAUAUCUAUACCAAUAUCUAUGCACCUGUCGUUAUUGACAGCAGUUCUUCAGAUGCUGAGGGAGAGGAGUUGCAAAAGGAAAACUGUGAUGAACCUGAUGGAUUGACGGCUGCAGAUGUCAUCUCAAAUCUGGCUCUGAAGAUCAACAAAACCUCCUGUAGCAGAUUCAACAUUAACAGAGCCAAUGUCUGGGAUGGUGCCUACCGAGGCUUCAGAAGGUCUUCAUAUAGUCCCAACUCUGGCAUGAUGGUGAAAUUCUCUGAUGACGUGGGGCUGGCUGAAGAGGCAAUAGACACAGGUGGGCCUACUCGAGAAUUUCUCACCCUUUUGAUGGAAGCCAUAAGGACGAGAAGAAUAUUCGAAGGAAAAGACUAUGCCAAAUAUCUCACAUUUCAUAGUAAAGCUGCAGAUGAAAAUGAAUAUUUCUACAUUGGAAGAAUGAUUGCAGUUUCCAUUGUCCAUGGUGGUCCAGGGCCAUGUUGUUUAUCUCCAAACUUCUUUAUGUACCUUGUUGGAAAAGACAAGACAUUCGAGGCACCAAUUGAUGAUAUAACAGAUGAAGAAAUCAAGAAGGCUCUACUAGAGAUAAAGAAUGCAACAUCUCUAAGUGAGCUCCGAGUAAUCUCAGAAAAACACUCAAGCAUGCUCCAGACAGCAGGAUGCUAUCGAUUCAUGAGGACACUGGAGGAUAAGAAGAAGGUAGUAGCGGAUUACAUUCAGUGGUACUUCAUCUACCGAAACCAUCUUUCCAUCCAAAGUUUCAGAGAGGGUCUAGCAACACUGGAUUUUCUAAACGCCCUGGAACAGCAUCCUUCACUCUUCUUCUCAUUCAUGUGCUACACUGAGACCAGGCUGACAGCUGAUCUUCUGGAGAACAUCUUUCAUGUGCAGUUUGGUCCACCUGGCAGCUCUAGGCGUCAAGAGGAGACAAGAGUAAUAAGCUACUGGCAAGACUAUCUGCUUUCUGUAGACUGUAUUAAAUUUGGUUGGAAAUGUUGAAAUGAGUACAUUUAU